UUAAAAGUGAAAAAAAGAGUUAAUAAUAUGUGAUUUGGUUUUUCACCUACAAGGAAUGAAUGGGGAUGAUAUGAUUCUCAUCAAAUUGCCAUCCCUAAAUCAAAAAUAGUCAACUGAAGUGAAGAGUGAAGGAGUUGUUCAACAUUAAUAUACAACAAAACCAACGUGUUAAUAAUUACACAAAAUUUGAAAAUGAGGAUGCAUUUGGUCUAUAAAUUGGGUUGAGUGCAUUAAAUCUGGUAAAUAAUUAGCAGUCACAGAAUGACAACCUAUUAAGAUUGAUUUCAUCACAGAAGCCGUUAAAGACCCAAAACAGAGUGUGAUGCAAAUAAAGACGUAAACUUUCUUCUCUCAAAUUAGGGUUUUCCUCCCUUUUCUUCUUUUCCUUACUUGUUUUGAUUCAUUUUCAAAGAUUGUAAAUUGUUGGAGUGACUACUUCCCCAAUUGUUGCCAAUUUUGUAUUUUUUUUUUCUUAUUUUGGAUCGAAUACCAAGAAUCGAAAAUGUUGGGUGCUACGGCAUCGAGAUGUUAUAGAGCUGGUGAGUUUCUGGUUCAGCAGAGCAGGGGUUUCACGGUUAUGUCGAAUCGUGUCUGUCGGAGCCGGAUUUCCGAUUCUUUAGGUGCUGUUAGCGUUAAUGGCGUCUGUAGAAACCAUUUGAGUAUUGACUGUGGAGGAGUAGGGCGAAGACGAUGCUUGCUUCGUGGAAGUGUCAAAAUUGGUUUCAACGGCGAGUCAAUUUUACGCAGUUGUGGCUCCACAACAGCUCCUCUGCGUAGUAAAGUCUUUCCUCGUAUCAAUGGCUUCCUCUCUGAUUCGUCUUCUUCAUUUUCCGUUCCUAAUUCUAGAUCGAAACCAGGCUCGGUUGUAGAUGGGCGGUCGUUAUAUUCGACAUCUUCGAGUGAUAAUAAUGAUAAAAAGAAUGGGGCACCAUCGAAGCCUGCUGAGGAACAGAGUAAAGCUACCAAAGUUGUGACCAAGGGACCUGCAGACCAGCAAAUUGCUGACAUCAAAAUCCUCCGAACUCUUGCCGGUUAUUUGUGGAUGAAGGAUAAUCUCGAGUUCCGUUGGAGGGUCAUUGCUGCCUUGGGGUUUUUGGUUGGCGCAAAGGUUAUAAAUGUUCAGGUGCCAUUCCUCUUCAAGCUUGCUGUAGAUUGGUUAACCACAGCAACUGGUAAUGCUGGAGCUGUUGCUUCCUUUACCACAGCUAACCCGACUGCCUUAGCUCUUUUUGCAACCCCUGCAUCGGUUUUAAUUGGAUAUGGGAUAGCACGAACAGGAUCUUCAGCUUUCAACGAACUGCGCACUGCUGUUUUUUCUAAGGUCGCUCUUCGAACAAUUCGCUCGCUAUCUAGGAAGGUCUUUUCUCAUUUGCAUGACCUUGACCUCCGGUAUCAUCUAAGUCGAGAAACAGGUGCACUGAAUAGAAUAAUUGAUCGUGGUAGCCGUGCUAUAAAUUUUAUUCUCUCAGCCAUGGUGUUCAAUGUUGUGCCCACAAUCUUAGAGAUAUCCAUGGUUUCAGGUAUUCUAGCUUACAAAUUUGGAGCAUCUUUUGCGUGGAUCACAUCACUCUCAGUUGUUGCUUAUGUGGUGUUUACAUUAUCUGUGACACAGUGGAGGACUAAGUUUAGGAAGGCGAUGAAUAAGGCUGAUAAUGAUGCAAGUACAAGGGCAAUAGACUCACUUAUUAAUUAUGAGACUGUCAAAUAUUUUAACAAUGAAGCUUUUGAAGCUGAUAAAUAUGAUGAGUACUUAAAGAAGUAUGAAGAUGCUGCUUUGAAAACACAACGCAGUCUUGCCUUUUUAAACUUCGGCCAAAAUAUAAUAUUUAGCACGGCUCUGUCAACAGCUAUGGUGUUGUGCUCAAAUGGCAUUAUGAAUGGUAGCAUGACAGUUGGUGAUUUGGUCAUGGUGAAUGGACUUCUCUUCCAGUUGUCACUUCCACUCAAUUUCCUUGGUAGUGUUUAUCGUGAGACUAUACAAAGUCUUGUUGACAUGAAAUCUAUGUUUCAGUUACUAGAGGAACGGGCAGACAUCAGAGAUAAAGAAGAUGCUAAACCUCUGAAAUUGAGUGGCGGAAGCAUUCAAUUUGGGAAUGUUCAUUUCAGCUACUUAACUGAGAGAAAGAUUCUUGAUGAUAUAUCUUUUAGCGUACCAGCAGGAAAGAGUGUGGCUAUUGUUGGAACUAGUGGGAGUGGGAAGUCAACUAUUUUAAGAUUGCUCUUCAGGUUUUUUGACACCCAUUCUGGAAGUAUAAAGAUAGAUGAUCAAGACAUUAGGGAUGUAACACUAGCGAGUCUAAGGAAGUCAAUUGGUGUUGUGCCUCAAGAUACGGUACUUUUCAAUGAUACAAUAUUUCAUAAUAUUCGUUAUGGUCGCAUGUCAGCAUCAGAUGAGGAGGUGCAUGACGCUGCUCGACGUGCCGCUAUACAUGAUACUAUCAUGAAUUUUCCCGAGAAGUAUUCUACUGUUGUAGGGGAACGAGGGCUCAAGUUAAGUGGUGGAGAGAAGCAACGUGUGGCCUUAGCUCGUGCAUUUUUGAAAGCACCUCCAAUUCUGCUGUGUGAUGAAGCUACAAGUGCACUGGAUAGCACAACAGAGGCAGAAAUAUUAACUGCAUUGAAGUCCUUAGCAACUAAUCGAACAUCGAUCUUCAUAGCUCACAGACUGACCACUGCAAUGCAGUGUGAUGAGAUAGUAGUUAUUGAGAAUGGAAAGGUGGUUGAACAAGGACCACAUGAUGUUCUGUUAUCUAAGGCCGGAAGAUAUGCACAGCUCUGGGGACAACAAAAUAACACGGUGGAUGUGCUUGAUUCUGCAGUCAAAUUGAGGGCAUGAUGGCUACUUCUCUCCAAUAUCAGAUGCGUUGGCGUUUUGUAAUACGUGGCACAUCAAUUUAAUGUCAAACCAAAUGGGAAGUUACCGGUACUUUUCGCCGGAGAAAUCGAACAUUGUACAGUUGUCAAAUUAAAUGUUGCAUGUAACGCUAACUCCGCCACCGACAUAAGGGCUUACCAUUUGUAUUUAAAGGCUUAUUUGAGUGAAUUCUUGAGCGUGCCUUGAAUGUUUAUGAUAUCCCCUUAAAAAGAAGAGAGAAGAUUUUGUUUUUCUACCAAUUCAUCACAGGUCUACCAUUGAAGGGGUGAGCGAUUUCCAUUUCGCAGUUUUGGAGUAGAUAAAGUCUAGUCAUUUUUCCUAUUCCGCAUUCUCUUGUUCAUGGCGAUCCACUAUUCACCAACAAGAUAAUCGGCCAAACAGGUUUUUCCUCUAUCGUUUGGCUGGUCAAUCGUGUUUCUGCAGAAUCUGUAAGCUGCACUCUUUUAUUCCUUAGCAGAUUAAGUUUUAUUUAGUUUAAUUAUAAUAAUAAUAAUCUGAUCUUGUUUCUCCUUUACUUUUCUUCAUGAAAUAAUUGUAACUUUGUACCAAUUUGUGAGAAGGAAAAUGAAAUUAUAAAAAAAUACAAAAAACCCUGCAGAAACCACUAACAUGUUUUAACAUCAUUGUUAUACUGAUGAAGAGACAUGUCAUAUGGUGCUGUCAUUCACAUCAGCCCCCAAAUUCUGCCCCAUUUUGGCUGUUGUUUAUGGUAUAUUAUGAGUUUAGAAGAAAGACUUUAUUUUCUGUCUUAUAUCAGAUAUUACCAUUAUUUUCAUUUUUUUAAAAAAAUACAAAGCAUGAAUUUCCAACCAUGAUAGAUUAGCCAUUGUGCUAUAAACAAAAGCAUGCUAGAUGAUCGAUAAAUUAGAAGGCGAAAUUGAGGGGGUUGCAGCUCAAAAAUUGUAUGCGUACUGAACAGAAGUAACUUUUGUCUGUUUUUUCUUUUUCUCAAUUGUCAACAACCAGAAGUUCAUUUUGUCAAAAGGACUGGAUUUCUUACUUUCUCAACUUCAGUUUUGUUUCUUCUUUUUUUCCCCCUAUUUU